CAAUUACUAUAGCAAGAACGUGCUAUAGACAAAGGAUACCACGCUAUACUUGCAGGAUAACCAUGCUUGCACAGGCAAAACUACCGACUCAGAGGGCCCAGCGCAUCAGCGUCGCGCGCUGUGCCCGCAAGCUGUGCAUCGCAUGCGUUGCGCGUCCAUCAGGGAAUUCCGCGCCAUCAACGUCAUUACGGUCGUCGCUGGAUGGCGUUAAGGAUCAAAUGGGUCGGCCCCUUCUUCUCGCGGGUGCAACGAUUGCACCGUUGUUGCUUCAAGCCAGCUCUGCACUCGCCAAGGAUGGCGAAUACGGUCUGCUUGAGGGCCGCACCGUCGCUCUGAUUCACCCGGCUGUCAUGCUUUUCCUGUUUGGUGGGACUUUGUACGCUGGCUUCCUGGGAUAUCAGUGGAAGCGUGCUCGUGAGCUUGGUGAGGAAAUCCGUGAGCUGAAGAAGAGCUUGCCCGCCGCUAGCCCAGAUGGCGAACGGCCUUCCUCACCCACAGACAGCAUCAUCGCCCAAAAGGAAGCGGAACGGAAGGAGCUCCUCAAGGGUGAGUACCGCGACAAGCAUUGGUGGUGGGGCUCCCUACUGCUGUCGUCUGGCAUCGGCAUUGCGAUCGAGGGCUGCGUCAACACCUACAUGCGCACGGGGCGUCUCUUCCCGGGCCCGCACCUAUACGCGGGCGCGGCCAUCGUGGGCUUGUGGGCCGCUGCUGCCGCCUUGGUCCCCGCAAUGCAGAAGGGUGACCAAAAUGCUCGCAACGCGCACAUUGCACUAAAUGCCGCGAACCUGGCCUUGUUUGCGUGGCAGCUGCCUACGGGGUUCGAUAUUGUUGGGAAGGUAUUCCAGUUCACCUCUUGGCCAUGAGUGAAUACUUGGAUGUUGGGGGCGUUUGCCUCUGGGCUAUGUAGUGUUUGCAAAUUUUUCUGUCAUGUGCGUAUUGGCACAUGUGAGUGUAAUUUUUUCAGGGCACCAUUCCUUAUAGCCUCGCGGUGAUACGAGAGCUGGGGACGCAUUUUAUCUGUAGACGCGCCUUGCGGGUUUGUGUGCCCUUGUUCCAGCCGCAUGUAUUUCCUGCUUAACUCUUUACACCACGAUAACGUAUAGAACCUGCAUUACGCUGCGGUUGGUGCACCUAACAUUAAAUUCGGUAUGCCACUGUACGAUUAUUCUUUGGGCAGCAGUUGACACUCAAUCAGAUGACGUUGACGAGCUAUACCAUUGCUUUUGUGAGGGAGGACUGAGUGAAUGUAAGCGUUGGCCGCUCCACGUCGUGAGUAAUAUGGUUUAAAACUGUAAAGGUCAUCUU